AUGACUCCAGGAAAUUUCUCCACUGAGAUUGAAUUUGUUCUUGUGGGAUUAACAAAUCGUCCAGAGCUCCAACUUCCUUUAUUCUUCCUAUUCCUGUGUAUUUAUAUAGUCACUAUGGUGGGAAAUGUGGGCAUGAUUCUAUUAAUUAUUGCUAGCCCUCCACUUCAUACUCCAAUGUACUAUUUCCUCAGCAGUCUGUCCUUUGUAGAUUUCUGCUAUUCUUCUGCCAUUACACCUAAAAUGUUGGUGAACUUCUUAGGGAAGAGGAAUACUAUUCCUUAUUUCAAAUGUAUGGCCCAGCUUUUUUUCUUUGUGGUCUUUGUUGUUGCAGAAGGCUACCUUCUGACAGUCAUGGCUUAUGAUCGUUAUGUUGCUAUUUGUAACCCACUGCUAUAUAACACGAUCAUGUCCUACCAGGUCUGCUCUCUCAUGGUGGCAGCUGCCUUCACUUUGGGCUUCAUCUCAGCCAUGGCCCAUACGAGCUUCAUGAUGAAACUCUCCUUCUGCAAAUCCCACAUCAUCAGUCAUUACUUUUGUGAUGUCCUUCCCCUACUUAACCUCUCCUGCUCAAGCACUAAAAUCAAUGAGUUACUGCUGCAUGUCAUUGCUGGAUUUAAUACUUUAGUGCCCACCUUGGCAGUGCUUAUUUCUUAUGCUUUCAUUCUUGCAAGCAUCCUCCGUAUCCAUUCCACAGAAGGCAGAUCCAAAGCCUUUGGUACCUGUAGCUCCCACCUCAUGGCUGUGGUUAUCUUUUUUGGGUCAAUCACGUUCAUGUAUUUCAAACCACCUUCUAGCAAGUCUAUGGAACAGGAGAAGGUAUCAUCAGUAUUUUAUACAACUGUGAUUCCUAUGUUGAAUCCCUUGAUCUACAGUCUAAGAAAUAAGGAUGUAAAGAAAGCAUUAAGGAAAUCUUUUAGAGAAAGAGAAUUUUGA